CACUGUUGGCCAUUACUGGCACUGACACACGCCAAGGCAAUUUAAGAGAAAUAGGGUCUCUGAGACAAGAUAGAUCCCUAAAAUAGGGAGGAAGGAAGCGCUGGAUGAUCAUAACGGGUGGUUUGCAUAGGCCGGCCCACAAGGAGUCUUUCUGGGGAAGAGGUUACUGUAGUUACUGUAUAUCGGUUUAUUGGCAAAGGACAGGAUCAUUCUGUUUCACACACUGCCGUGUGACUGUCGGUAACAUACUUACAACAACCGCAGCAGAGACCUGUUCCUGGACCCGCAUUUAAACCUGAAUUUCCUAUUGUAUGGCACUGUUUUACUCCGCUCAGACGUGUGGCAGCGUUUUCUGGCAGUUUCGCGUAAAAUCUCUCCAAGAUGUUUUGGUUCAUGCAAGGACUGUGCUUUCUACCGGUGUUUCUGGUCAUCUGGUCCUCCAGCACUUUCAUUGUUACCUACAUCAUUGCGCUUUUCAGACAAGAUGUCGACAUAAUCUUUCCAUACAUAAGUGACACAGGUGCAAAGCCUCCAGAGAGCUGCAUUUUUGGCCUAAUGACAUUCAUUUCUGCAUGCGCAGGAGUAGCCACCACAUAUGCCAGGUACAAGUUUGUGGAGAAGCUGAGUGAGGAAACAAGGGUGGUGCGCCCAUGUCUCAAUAAAUCUGCACUCAUGUUUGGGAUGCUCUCCUGUUUGGGCAUGUGUAUUGUAGCAACCUUCCAGGAAACAACAGUGACAAUAGCUCAUGAUGUAGGAGCUCUGCUGUUCUUUGUCUCUGGUGUCUUUUACAUAAGCCUCCAGUCCUUUAUAUCAUAUUGUGCCUAUCCAUUUGGGUCCUCCAUUAUUGUGUGUCGAGCACGUUUGGGUAUUGCCAUCAUUGCUGCUUUGGCAUUUUUCCCCACUGUCAUCUGUGCGUCCUUUGUGAAACAAACCGAACUGCACAGAGACACACAAGACAAGGACUAUCCCUUCCAAUUAGCCAGCGCUGUAUGCGAGUGGAUUGUUGCCUUCAGCUUCAUCUGCUUCUUCCUCACAUACAUCGAUGAUUUCAAACUGUUUACCUUACGAGUGAAAACAGAGUAUGAGGAGUAGUCAUGAUCACUCUGCAACUGCCAGCAAAACUUUGUAAAGCUUUUAUACUCAUACUUUUUUUACACACAUUUUACACUGCAAGCUUUUAUAUGAUUUUGUGUUUUGUACCACCUGACUGAAUUUGUUAGUAGAAUACGGUGGGUACUUUUUUACAUUGUUAUUUAUACAACUGGCUGUCAGGUGUGAGGUAAUAGAUGAAAAAACUGACCACAGCCUGUAUCUUUAUACUUUUUAUACAAUCUCAAAACAUUUUACAAGUGUACUUAUUGCUGCCAAACAUCACCUUGCACUUUGCUCUUGCCACACCAGCAUGUCCUGUCAGACCUGUGACUACUAAUAAAGAGAAGUUUGUAACACAGGCAACACGUUUGCUACACGUGGUUAAAUGGGAAUACCACUCAAACUAAUAACACAUUUGUCUGUGGGUACAUAGCAGUUUAGUCAGUACUGAUGUUUUUUACGAAAAUGGAGAGACUAGACUUAGUUAUCUUUCACUGAUACUGUAUGUAGGUGCUCGUUUUAUGCUGAAAAAAAUACUUCAGAUGGGAUUAUUAUUCAAAUGCUGCCAAGUUCCUUAACCAAAGUUGUUGGUUGAUUUUUUUUGGUAUUUUCCAAUUGUGUUUCCUUUGGAUUGCUAGACUGUUGUGACAACAAAUUAGGUAGAAAAAACUAUUUCUAUGGAUGCUCCCAUUCAGUUUUGAUUCUGCUACUUAUGUAUAUUGUUAAUAUGCUAAAUGGUUUCAGCUGACACUGUUACGUGGUUCUACAGUGCAGCCAUGGAUAUGAUUUUGCAUGUGUCUACAGCCUGUAGACAGCUCAUGCAAUGGAAAUUAGGCUAUUUAAUUUGUUUGCUCUGUACAACUGCCAAAUUUAAUUGCUGUAAUAAAAUAAAAAGGAAUUGAAGCUGAUUAGAAUUAAAGACACAUUUUCAGUAUGCUUUCAGGCAGAUAAAUAAAAACUUUUUUUUUCUAGAGCAGUGUUAAAUGUCUAGUUGCAACCCCUCCUGAGAGGUUGGCAUGGACAUGAGUUUUAAGCAUUUCAACCAGUGACUUUUCCUUCUCAAAUUGUUUAAUUUGUAGGAUUUUCAUGAGCCAGAAGAGCCAAAUGUUUCCAGCAUUUCACACGUAAAAUGUAAUAAUUUGAGAAAAGUCAAAACAGAAAUAUGUUUUCAUUUGUUUCUUAUUUCUUUAACAUCUGAUCCCUUUGAGUGGUCAGAUUUUUGUGUCAUAGUGUUGGCUGUUUUCACUGUCACUAUUGUAUUUCACUGGCCAGUACUUUUGGGAGCAUCCCUUUUUAGACAAUGGCUAUAAUUGGUGAUUAGUAGAUUGGACUACCACACAGUAUUAUAAAGAGAAAAUCCCGCUGUAAUGCUUAAGUGGACAGAAUGGAGGUCAGAUGAACACAGAUUAUUAACCUGCUCACUACAGACACUGUAUCUACAAGGGAAAUUGUUAUUAUUUGUAAUUCAAUUACUUUGUAUUGGUACUGAUUUGCUUAUGAUAUAAUGUACUGUACAGAUCAUGAUGCACUGCAGCGCUGACAAAUAAAGACACGUUUUUUUUUUAAAGCAAA